AUGAGCCACCUGCAUUCUCCGCUGGUGCCUCUCCGAAUCCCUAACAUCCAUGGCCUGAAAGCGAGAUUCGCACCUUUCCACGCACCCAAAUCCCCCGACCAACGCAUCAUCAAUGAUCGCUUCAACCCAAGGCGCCUCAAGCUGCUGCAUCAAUACUCCAAGAUCCUUCCGGAUACCCUACAGUGGUCGGUCGUCUCCGCCGUGAGUACCAAGACGAUUCCAAAGGCUGUCAUGCGCAAUCGUUUGAAGCGAAGAUGGGCAAACGCUUUUGCAGACGCCUUAAGGAAUACUGGUUAUCAUGCCAAUGGACGGAGACUAGAUGGCCCAAAGCAUGGCCAAGACUACAAGGUCGGCCUGAAGGGGACUUUUGAAAUCCAUGCCUAUUCCAAAGCUGGUCUCACUCUCGGGUAUCACGAGCUGGUCUCUUCGUCAGAGGUUCUAGUCAAGGCGCUUGAGCAACAAAUCCAGAAGGUGAACUUCAAACGUUCUCAGCCGACGGCACGGGAAGAAGGAAGACUUCCUAGGAAAUCCGCAUGGUCGACCUGGGAGGGGAGCGAGUGA